AAGAAAAAACAGAAAAGUAUGGAGCGUUGAAGAUGACGAUAAUGCCAUUCUUCCUUGUCCUAUUAAAAUUUUUGAUAUUCUUGAAAAUCAGUGCGUUGGGACUUUGAGCAAACAUACUGAGGAAGUUUUAUGCGUCGUUCCUUUCAUCUUUAAGAAUAGUAAUUAUCUACUAAGCGGAGGCCAAGAUGGGUCCAUAGUAAAGUGGUUUAUUAAAAAAGAUUGGAGUGCAUCUACUAAAUUAGAGAAAAUGGAAGAUGAAAUCAGUUGCAUGAUUUUUGCUAUCCAGUUUGUUCCUCGCAGCGGAAAUAAAUACUUUAUAGCCGCCUGCGAUCAUUCUUUAAAAAUUUUUGAUCUUGAAUCUCGAAAAGAAAUUGCGAAAUUUGACGAUCUUUAUUCGUGUUACUGCGAUGAUGUUCUUCCUGUAGUCUGCCCGAGCUUUAUAAAUUUUCCUCAGGAAGAAUCUCGACUGUGCACAUGCUAUUUAUUGACGCGUGGCGUUGAAGAUGUAAAUGAAGAUGGUUUAGCAAUUGAGGCCAACAAAGUCAUCUUGCAUAAAUUAUUACCUCCUGAAGAACCGAACGGAGAUUGGGCUUUACUUACUGAAAGAAUUUUCGAAGAUGAGCAUUACUAUGCAAACUCUUAUUUGUGCCGGCUUGCGACAAACGGCCUCUAUGUGGCAGCUCCCACUGUGACUGGCAGUGUUUUUAUAUGGAAUCUACUUUCUGGCCUAAAAACCGCAGUCAUAAAAGAGCCAAAUGCUGCCGAACGGGAAGUUAGAGACAUCUUGUUUCAUCCUUCAAGAAAUCUUUUAUUUAUAACUGGCGACGAUGGCAUCAUACGUGUUUACAAAUCAGAAAGUUUAUGAUUACUACAGCUUUAGAAAAAAGUAUACAA